AUGUCGCGGGCAAGUUCCAAAGGGGUUAGCACGGUGCAGCGCAUUCAGCAGCUGCUGCACCAAAUGGCACAAGAGCAUGAGGCGGAAGUAAGCCGAUUGAAAGCCGAUGUGCGACGGCUUUCGUCAGUGUCGGGCACAUCUCAUUGCCCACCGGCAGCGCAGCCAGAGGGGCAGUCCGAGGAUAACGAAGGGAACCAUGUUCUGGAGCAGGAUUCACUUCGUGAGGCCGCAGCUGGUGCCGUCGAGCUGCCUCCACCACCAACGGGAACUCACGGCUUCGGCGACCUCAGCAUUCUCAGCAAGCGCGAGGGGGCCGCCUCUCCCUCUUAUGCGGAGGUCACUCAGGAAGAGCGCUGGCCGUUCAGUCCAAGUUUAUCAGUGGAUCUGGAUGCUGAUGCAAUCGAUGCAUUUGGGAACGACUUUGAUUUUGAUGGUCCAGCCGUUUCUCCGGUCCGCACUAUGGUGUAUUCGCUCCGCAACCUUCCUGGGUCAUUGCUGGCAGGUGUGGAGGCAAGCGCCGCCAAAUGCAAGCUGGUGGUCAAGUCUGAUUUUAACGAAGGCUGCACCGACUUUGUCCAACUGCAGCAGGAGGAGGCAAGCAUCCCAGGGCAAGCUUGCACGGCCACUGCAUGGUCAGCAGUGUGGGACGAGACAGGAUCAGACGUGCUCUUGCACGUGUCUGACCCACUGCCGGAGCAUCUGAAGAUUGCCAUCCAGAUCCAGGGCCACGAGACUGCCAUCGCAGAAGGUCUGGUGACUCUCAAUGCUGCAAGGCAGAAGUGGACGCUUUUCGGCGGCGGUGAAGUGGAUGCGGAAGCCGUGGUGGAAAAGGCGCAGACACCUGCUGGGAGAAGGCGGGAAAGCACUGUCAAGGACCGGAUAGUCGAGAAGUUGGAGAAGCUCUUCGAUGUCAGGGAUCCAUUGUCCAAAGUUGUCAUGCCCAGCGACGUUUCGGCGGCUGUGAAGGCUGCCCGAAACAAGAGAACGAGCCAAUUGAUGUCUUCACUGAGCCCGGAAGACUUGGAGGAGGUUUUGGUGGAGCUCAAACGCAUCCACACAAAGACAAUCGACAAAGACAGGAAGGCAAAGCUUUCUUCGGCCCAGCCUGUUAUCGCUUGGAGGCAGUUUCUUGACUGCAUCAUGCUGGAUGAUUUGCCAAAGUAUGCAGUUGGUCCCGUGGCCUUAAAUUUGUUCAUUGUCCAGCAAUCGCUGCUGGGGGACGAUAUGCCGUCGACUGGCGCUUCCGGUGCGUAUCUAAUGGCGUACGAGAAGUUGCGCAAGCCGGUGUCCCGCUCUGAGCAGUGGGUGGGCGGUGUGACGGCACUUUCCACUGUGGCGAUUAUCCUCAGCUUUUUGUUCUUGGGCCUCUCCCUGGACAUCGACCCGAACUGGGCGGGGUGGAUUGUAUUGGAAGGUAUUUGCGCCAUGGUUUUUGUGGCAGAAGUUGUGGUCAAGACUUACGUGCUGUCUCCGAGAGGUUAUUUCUGUGGCAAGGAUUGCGUUUGGAACUCCUUCGAUGUCCUGCUUUCCAUGGUCGCAGUCGGAGAGACCAUUCUGAACAUCGUCUUCGCCACAGCAGGCUCCGAGAUGAAAGCGGCUUUGCUCUUGAGGGGCUUGCGCUUGGCUCGCAUGGCCCGUCUCGCAAAACUUGUCCGGAUGCCGCUGCUGGAGGAGUUGGCCAACAUCGUGUCAGGCAGAUGUAGUCUCUGCGUGUCCCUGAUAGUAAGCGGUUUUGGUUUGGUUAGUGAUGUUCGCUGUGCAUCGUCCACCCAGCGUUGUUUCAUCAUGCCUCCGGGCUCGUCUGAAAGCCGCGAAAAGGACGCUUGGGUUUAA